AUGUUCUAUGGUGCAGUGGUAUGGGAUCCUUGGCUUAUUGUUGCUCAAAUUGUUUGUCUUCAAUGUAUGUAUUAUGUCACCCUUGGAAUGCUGUUAACCGUUUUUGUUGGCACUCGUGUUUCUCGAUUGAGCCUUGUGUAUUUCUUUGACUAUGUUACCGUUUCUACCUCUACCGUUACUGGUUGGUGCGUUGCUGCUUCGUUUCUGCUCAGCUCAGCUGCGGGGGCUGUGUAUAUGCUUUAUUUGAUUGAAAGAUCAAAAAAGUGCUUGGAUUUUUCAGCCACUCUCUAUAUCAUCCAUCUUUUCAUAUGUAUUGUGUACGGGGGUUGGCCCUCUUCUAUUACAUGGUGGAUUGUGAAUGGCACUGGAAUUGCUGUAAUGGCUUUGCUAGGUGAAUAUCUGUGUAUGAAACGCGAACUCCAGGAGAUAAAGAUACCACGAUAUCGUUCAAAUGUUUGA